AAGAAAGUUAAAUUUAUUUCAUCUGGCGCUUGCUACCAUAUUUUCUGCAAGUCCCGGAUGUAAAAAUGUAAUGUGAUAGCUGACAUCCAGAUAUUGUAGGUUUAGCUCAAAAUCCCCUCGUGAUUAGCAAGCAGCUGGUACUAUAAACUGGGUAAAAUAUAAAUGAUACAUACCCUUAGCAGAUCACAAUUGAUACAACUCUCUUUUCAAAUGAUUGGACCAACUAAAAUAAUGUAACAUUUUUCACACAAUGUUGAAUGUAAAGUGACUUUAAGCCUAUAUGAAUUAAAAGUUGAGUAUGACGUUGUUAUCAUACCUUCGCUGUAGGCGUCUGUACAGGAUUCAGAAUUUUCUAAUAGCUAUUAUCUUGUUAUCAUCUUUAUGUGGCAUUAUAUUAGGAAUAUCAUUCAUCAUGGAUUCUGACAAAAAGAACGCAAACAAAGACUCAAAAAAGGAACCUCUUCUUUUGGAGAAAAUAAAACCAGAAUUAAAUAUUAAAUCUAAAGAUGAAGAGAUUAAAUCAGAUGACAUUAUUGAAAAUAAUGACAGGAAUCAGGAUAGCGAUAACAAUCAAAUAAAUGAUGAUGUCAAACCUAAAAAUAAGAUCAAUAGAGUUGAACUGCCACCAGUUGAGUUAGAGCAGUUUCCAGUGCCUAAUUAUGACGUGCAUGUGUUCUAUUACCCCUGGUAUGGUAACGUUGAAGUUGAUGGCCAGUACUUACAUUGGGACCAUGAAUUCUUACAACAUUGGGACAAAAAGAUAGCAGCUAAGUGGCCAAAGGGGAAACAUCAACCACCAGAUGAUAUAGGAUCAAAUUAUUACCCGAGGUUGGGGACAUAUAGUUCAAGGGAUCCUAAAACCAUGGAGAGCCAUAUGGAGCAAAUCAGAUCAGCUGGAAUUGGUGUGUUGGCCGUUUCUUGGUAUCCUCCUGAUGAAGCAGAUGGACAAGGUAACCCUUGGGAUGAGUGGAUGCCACAGCUUUUUGACUAUGCUGAUAGAUAUGAACUUAAAGUAGCAUUCCAUAUUGAACCCUUCAAUGAUCGAUCUCCAGAAACUAUGCAAAAAUAUGUGCAAUAUAUUAUUAACAAAUAUGGCAAACACAACGCCUUUUAUCGCAAAGAACACAAUGGGAAAACACUUCCUCUUUUCUACAUUUAUGACUCAUAUAUGAUUCCUUCAAACCAGUGGAAGAAAUUACUAACCCCGCAAGGACCUUUCACAGUUCGCGAAACAAAAUAUGAUUCACAUUUUAUUGGACUGAUUGUUGAGAGAAACCAUAGAGAUCAGCUCACAGACGCAGGAUUUGACGGGAUGUAUACAUAUUUCGCAAGUGAUGGCUUUUCUUUUGGAUCAAGUAUCACCCGUUGGAAGCAAAUUGCAGAAUACGCAAAAUCCAAAGAUCUUUUGUUUAUUCCAAGUGUUGGCCCUGGAUAUAUAGAUGAGAAAAUUAGACCAUGGAAUCACCAAAAUACAAAAGACCGCAAAGAAGGGGAUUAUUAUCUUAAAGAAUUUGAUGCCGCAAUUGCAGUAGAACCCCCUUUGAUAUCAAUAACAUCUUUUAAUGAAUGGCAUGAAGGGAGUCAAAUUGAACUUGCAGUUCCUAAAAUUGCAGGAGCCUUCAAGUAUGUAGACUAUCUACCACAUGGACCUGAUUUUUACCUGAAAUUAACAGAAAAAUCUAUUAAUAAAUACAAAACAAAAAUGGACAUGAUUCGAUGA